AUGGGCUGCCGAGCUGUGCUACUACUGCUGCUGCUGCUUCUUCUUACGGAGCUGCCAGGCCCAGGUAUCAAGAGCCACCACAGCAGGGGUCCGGAUUGGGGUUUCAGACGCCCCGGUCGUUUGGUGCCGCAGGCAGAUGGCAGGUCGGCCGGACCGUGGGAGAUGGCGAGCUACAGUACAAGUACCGUACCGGCCCAUGCCACGCCGGCUUGCUUUUGCACAGCUUCUCUUCUCCUCCCUGUCCCGUCCUUCCGUCCGUCUGCCUCGCCUCGCCUCUCGUUGCGUCCUGGUGCUGUCUCGCUGCUGGCUGCUGAACACUCGCUAUCCAUAAGCCCAGCCUUGUGCCUGUCUCUUAUACACAUCUAG